UCGAAGGCAUAGUCCUAAACUUAACUUUUCAAAAGAGUGAAAAAUUGAGAGCUGAAGCCCUCUCAAAGAUGACAAAGUUAAGGAUUUUUAAGAUUGACCAUCGCUGCUUUUAUGGCAACUCAUCAGCAAUUGAAUGGAAUGGAGAUCCUUUAAAAUCCUUGUCAUCCAAUGAGUUGCGAGUCAUAGAAUUAGUUCGGUAUCCUUUGAAAUCCUUUCCGAGCAAUUUCCAAUCCGAUAAUCUGAUUGAUCUCAGCAUGCGUGAAAGCCAAGUAAAACAACUAUGGAAGGGAUCUAAGAGUUUAGGAAGCUUGAAACGCAUUGACCUGAGUUGGUCCAAAAACCUGAUCGAGACACCAGAUUUCAGCGGAAGCCCAAAUCUUGAGACACUAAACUUUUCAUGGUGUAGAAGUUUGUCUAAGGUCCACCCAUCCAUUGGAGUUCUCAAACGGCUUAAAUUGCUGGAUAUAAAUUCCUGCGGACGUCUUAAAAACCUUCCAGACAAAAUCAAUUUGAAAUCUCUUGAAAAAAUUUCUCUUUAUAAUUGUUUAAGACUUGAGAAGUUUCCAGAUAUUGUGGGAGAUAUGACAUCUUUGAAGGAAGUUACUUUGGGUUAUACUGCCAUAAAAGAAUUGCCGUUAUCAUUUAAGAAUUUAUCCGGCAUUUCUAGAGGAUUGUUUUUAGAUGGCUGCAAAAACCUUUCGAUUUUCCCCAGUGUUAUAUAUAGUUUGUCAUCUCUUACAAAACUGGAUUAACGCAACUGCCGAAGACUAGAGAAAUUUCCAGACUUGAGUAGCAUGGAAUGUUUGGAAUUUCUUAGAUUGGAGAGAACUGCUAUAACACAAUUGCCAUCCCCCAGUCUACGUCCAAAGAACAUCAAAGACUUGCGCCUUAGUGGAUGGAAAGGUUUGCCACCUAAAUCAAGAGAUUCGUGCUUACAUCUAUACUCAUCAAAAAAGAGCUCAGAUCCCAUCCAUGUCUCUUUUUUAUCAUAUUGCAGUAUAAAAAACUAUUCACAUGCCAUUUAUGUUGAAUAUAAAGGUAAGGGCGACAGUAUAUUGCAUGGUCUAGGAAUGUCUUUGCAGGCUGUUGACAAUCCAUUGAUGUAUGACUAUAAUGUGAGUCUCUCUCUCCCUAACUUUCAAGUUUUCAACACACACACACACACUAAAUCCCCGUUGUGUGAACAGUUUUAUUGGAAGUGGCUGUUUAAAAUACUGCAAUUAAACUCUUUUUGUUUUUACUUUGCAGAUUCUAUAUGGCUGGUCGUUGGUACAUGGAAUCCCAAAGUGGUUUGACAAUAGAAGUCCUGGUUCCUCUGUAAAACUUGAGUUGCACAAUAGUAAGUGGAAGGGAUGUGCUUUGUUCAUUCUUUAUGAAGUCCAUGACCAGACAGAGAAUUCGAAUUAUAGGAUUUUUGAGUCUGAGUUUGGUCCAUACAUCUGUUUUUCGUUUAAUUUUGAAACCGAUGAAGAUCCUGUAAAAAGAUGCGUUCCCAUUCAAGGCCCUCAAGUCUCUUCUGUUGGGGCGAUUGGGUUUUGGGUGUACAUAUCAGCACAGUGGUUUUCAGAACGAUGGAAUAAUUUGGAUGGAUGGAGCUACAUUAAAACUUCAAUUACAGCACACAAUCAGGGUUGGAGUGGCGAGAUUGAGGUGAAAGAGUGUGGGGUGCGUCUUAUAUGUUCGCAUGAUGCUUCACAAACGUUCUACAACAGCAUUGCUCCUCUUGGUUUCGAAUUGGAAUUCAUGGAAACGGGUAGCCGUGGCGUGGAUCCCCUCAAUAUCAUUGACCUUGUCAAGGAAAUUUAAAUUUAAUGUUGUUGCAUCAAUUGGUCCAUUCACAGAUCACAGCUUCCAGAUUAGUUGAGGCAAUUCAGCUGAAACUGAGGCUUCCCUCAAUUGCUAGAACUGCCCAAGCUUUUCUUGUUUCUGGGGCUAUAUGUUUCUCAAGUUUCUGGUAAGUCAUCCUCCGUCGGACCCUCUGCUCUUCAUCUCAAAUCUGUAAAAAGUAGCUCUCCAUUUGAUAGGUCCCAAUCAGAGCCACAAGCACAAGAACAAAUACUUACUAAUAUUCUCUGUGUCCUAUCAUAAUUUCUUUUUUGGUUCGUGAUUUAUAGCCAACAUGAAGUAACCUAAGCAAUAUAUACAAGUUCGUGAUUUCUCCUUUCAAUAAA